AUGUUCAAGGUACUGUGUUUGCUCGCCAUCGUGGCCGUGGUCUCUGCCGGUAUCAGCCAACCGAGAGCAUCCGUCCAUCAGCCCAGAAUCGUGAAACGAGAAGUGAUCGAGCCUGCAGAGCCCAGUGAAGCUGUGAAUGCAGUCGAAGCCCAAGACGACAUGGACAAGGCAGAAACAUUCGGAUUUGGAUAUCGUAAGGUGAUCCACGUAUACCCAGGCUAUCAUCACGGAUUCUAUCCUGGAUACUACGGAUAUGGCGGCUAUCCAGGCUACUAUCACAACUACCAUCAUGGAUAUUAUUACUGA